AUGGAUUCUAUUGACUACCAAGAAGCUAAAUUCAAAUUUGAAGGUGUACGUAAGCACUUUUUUAAGGAUGUCACUUAUCAUAUAGCAGUAUUUGAAGAUAUGGUCACGAUGGGAACAGUAGAAAUUUAAUAAAAUGUUAUAGACUUCAGAUUGUCAAAACCCCAAAUACAAAAUAAAGUUGAAUCUUGAAACAAAAAUAAAUUGGGAGUUGCGAAAGAAUAAAAAAGAACUUGAUUACUUUGAGUUUGAUCAUUAAAACAAAAGGAAGGCUGUUCAUGCCCAACCAGAUGAUCUAUCUAAGNGGCAAACGUUCUGUUGGUUAAAUUCAACUAAACAAUGUUAAAGCUAUAGCAUAAAUUCUUGUGAAGGAUUACCGUUAGAUAUCUGUAGUAAGUUAAAUUGUAAAACUUCAGAUGGUAUAUGUUCAUCAUUUAAAUGCUCUGAUAUAAUAUCUUAAGAUUAGUGCAAAUUUGUAAAAGAUGGUUAUUGGGGAGUGUUGACCCUUUGCAAUUGGAAAGAAGAUUCAAGUCCAAAAUGUAUCGAUAGAACUGAAACCAAAGAUCUCACGAAUCAAACAUGUUCAAAGUUAACAGAUGGUCGAUAUUAUUGGAAAGAUGAAUCUUGUGUAUCAUGUCCUAAAAAUUAUGAAGAUAAUUCUAAUUCCUAGGUUUAUUUAAUUCUCUAUUUAAUUUGUAUUUUGAUUGAAUUAUGA